AAUCUACUAUACAAAUAAAAAGUAAAGAAAUUGCAAACAUUUCACUUUUAAAUGCAAAAACAGGAAAGUGAACUGAAAAACGAUGACAUUUCGGGGAAAACGGAAAAAAUUGCAAUUGAAGAAUAUGAUAAAUUAUGCGCUGAUGCGUCAAAUGGACGCAGUGAGAAUGAUAAAGAAACUAAAAGAAUUGAAGCAAAUAUAAGAAAAAUGGAAAAUGAUGGAGAUAAACAGGAAUAUAAUUCUGAUAUUAGCGCUGACAAUGGAGGAGAAGAGCAUGCUAGUGAGGAUAAUUUACUUGGGGAAGAGAAAAAACUAGGCAGCAGCAGUAAUAUUGAAGAGAAGGUCGAAGACACCGCUAUCCCUUGUGAUUCCUCUUUCAAUGUACGUGUCGUUGAAGAAAAAAUAAAUUGUAUUAGACUCGACUGGAAUUUACUGGACGAUGUGGAUGUAUAUAAAAUUGAAAAAUAUCACCGAAGACACGGUUGGGAACAAGUCGCUUGGGUAGGCAAUGCACCUACGAUCAUUGAAAAUCUGGACGAGAAUUUCACAUACCGAAUGCGAAUCAAAGGUCAGUGCUUUUCGGAGGCGCGUGGUUUAUUUGAGGAUUGUAAGGUGUCACCUGAGUUUUUAGUUACCACUUUAGCACCGCUGCCGACUACACUGUGUCUACAUCGUGCCAUCAAGAAGGGUCAACAGUUUUUGGUUAAACGUAUUCUGCGUAGACGAUCCAGCUUGUUGGACUAUCCCGGUCCGAAUGGUUACUUGCCGCUGGCGAAUGCGAUUAUGGGUGGACAACAUUGUGUCACCGAUGUGCUGCUGAGUCAUGGCGCUAGUGUACAUACCGGCAAUCCGCUUAAUGGACGCACUCCGUUGCAGCUCGCCUUCUAUCACGGCCGCUUGGCCGUCGCACGCAUUCUACUAAAUCGUAAGGCACAGCUUGAGGCAACUGACAUUAAUGGCAUGACUGCUUGUCACUUUGCCGUCGACGCUAAUCAAUUGGAGCUGCUUAGAUUUGCGCUUGAAAACGGUGCCAAUGUGAAUGCAACGGAUGCUUGCGGCUGGUCAUUGCUGUCACGUGCAGUUGUUAUGGGCGCUGACGUCGGUGUACUGAAGUUGCUGCUGGCAUACGGUGCGGAUGCCAAGUCAACGGAUAAGCUCGGCAAGACUUGCGUGGAUUUGGCGUACAUAUACAAGAAUGACGUUGCGAGGGACUAUUUGGCGAAGGCGCUACGACCGAAGCAGUAGUGUGUCUUAGUUUAAAGUGUUUUGUAUGAGUUUCUUAUGUAAGUUUAAAUUUAUGGUUUUGAUUAGUAUAGUUUGUAAAGUAAUCCAAUAAUUUUAAUAAAGGUAUUAGA